UUGUCGGAUCUUCUUCUCGGCCUGUCUGACUGUGAGUCGUGAGUUAGUCGUCGCCAUAUUCUCGUCAGCAGCAAGUGCGUGUUUUAUAUGAUGUCAAUAUUAACAAUCGAAGAGACAGAUCGCGAAAAAAACGUCAGUGUUUCAGAAAUAUGACAACUGCUUCGACAGAAAUAUGACAUUCGCUUCAAUGAGCUGUAAAUCAAGUAAUAUACACUGAACUGUUUAUCAGCGCAAUUCCAGCAGCUUUCGCUUUGUAAUUUAUGCGCUAUGACAUGACCGAUCAACCAAUAAGUACAAGAUGUGCUCAUUGCUCCUUGUUCCUAAUUAACGCCAUUUAAGUAUCAUAAAUGUCUGCUGUUAGACCAGCAGUUCGCAAUACAGUGCGCUCGAAUGUUUCAUGAUUUCGAGCAUCAACAACAAGUUCAAGAUGUUUUUAUUGUUGUGUACAAGCAUUUUAUUGUUUACGGGCAAUGCGGCAGAUAUAGCAGCUCGUCAGUGUAGAGAUGAAAACAAUAAGAUUGUUGAUUGGUAUGUACUUUAUAAAUUACCGAAGAUACAGCAGAGCAGUAAUCCCGUGAUUAGAAAUGGAUUAGCGUAUCUUUACAUGACUAAUAAUACUGUUGACAAAGGUUGGCAAUUAUCCGCCAAAGAAAUCAGAUCAAAGAAUUCGACACCAGGAAAUACACUGGCAUCUUUGUACAAUGAUUCAGAGGCAUCAAAAACCUUCUGGAUCAUGUAUAACGACGAUCCACCAAACAGACCUAUCAAUGGAAAAUACGGCCAUGCAAAAGGCGUUAUGAUGGCAAACGAAAAACAAGGUUUCUGGUUAAUACAUAGUGUUCCCAAUUAUCCGCCCGUGCCCAACAGUGGCAAUGAUACGAGACGAGGGCAAAACAUGAACGAGUUUUCAGGUAAUCGAUCUGAAUACGAUUAUCCAUCAUCCGGCGAGAAUUACGGACAAAGUUUUUUGUGCAUAUCCGUGAAUGCCGAUCAGUUUGAUUUGAUCGGUCAACAGUUUAUGUAUAAUCAGAUAAUAAUAUUCCGAAAAAAUAUUCUUGAUACCUUUGUCAAGAAGUUUCCGGUGCUCACGGAUGCAGCCAAUCAAAAGCGUAUCAGAAAAGCGCCCUUCACCAGCAAAGUAUGGUUAAAGUCAUCUAAUAAUGUUACAUUUGUAUCAUUUGCCAAGAGCGACAAGUGGCAAAAAGAUUUAUACGAUGAGUUUGUUGCACCAAUAUUGCAAUCCGAUUUAUUUGCGGAAACAUGGUUGAACGGACGAGGUAGACUACCAUCGGAUUGUGUGCGCAUAAAAGUGUACAAUGUUAUGUCCAUUUAUUUGAAAGAAGUUGAUAUCAAUUUUAAAAGCAGUCGCGAUCAUUCUAAAUGGGCGGUGACAGUCGACAACAAAGCUAACAAAACAUGGACUUGCGUUGGAGAUAUCAACCGAGCGGAUACUCAAUACAUACGAGGCGGUGGAACAGUUUGUUUUAAUCACCAGAAAGUUUGGAAAAAUUACCGUAAUGCUGUUAAUGACGUAGAACCAUGUCCUAGAAGCAAUCCUAGAGCAAUUUUGGUUUAAAGCAUUUUGUAAUUUUAAAAAUAAAAGUUAUAGGACAUUAUAGUGCAAUAAUUUUCUCAUCUAUAUAUAUUGAUUUUAUUAUUAAUAUAAAAAUAAUAAAUGAAAAACAGAAAUGUUCUUGACAUAGUGUAUAAAAUAGUUACCGUUUGUAUUUUUUCCAUACAAUCAAUUAUAUUGAAAUGUAAAAUAUAAAUACGCGAUUAUACAUAUAAAAAAGCACUUCGUAUAUUAAAUUGAUUUUUAAAAUGUUAUCGAAAAGGAUAGAAGAGAGAUAUUUAGCGGAUAUUCUUGAAAUAUAUCCGCUAAAUUACCGACACGGUAAAUGUGCUGUCGCGAUACUGAAUUGCUGUUCUUUUCACGAGAGGUCUCAUAUGUAAUUGUUUACGUGCAUAGAGAUAAGAAUAAAUGAACAGAGUCCAUUGCCGUAAAGCCUCUUGCACAAUGGAAGGAAUAGCGAUAGCGAUAGAAAUAUAACUCCAGUUUUAAAGAGUUUAUAUUUA